AUGCCAAAGUCAAAUAUGACUACACAGAAAUGGAAAGAGAAAGGUGAUGAAGAGUUUAACAAAGGCAAUUGGUCUAAAGCCUUAAGUUAUUACACAAACGCAAUUGAAAUAGUAACAGAGGACAACACUGAGAAAGCAUUGUAUUACGAUAAACGAUCUGCCACAUAUUUCGAACUACGUGAUUACGACAAAACGAUUGAAGACUGCAACAGUGUGAUGAAAAUAUAUCAUAAAAUACUUUCCAUAUCAAUGUUUCGCAGAUUUUUAGCAUUAAUAGAGUUAGAGAGAUUCGAGGAGGCACGUCAAAACAUGAAAAUGAUUUUAUGUUACUCAGAUAACACAAUGUCUCAAUCUCUACCAACGCAAUUUCAUGAAAUUUCACACAAACAUAUUAAAGAAAAAGUAUCACAAAUGAUGGGUCUAGCAUUUAACGUGAGCGUAGAUAAAGAGGAACGUGAAAACGCCAUGAUUAAUAUGCUUAGGCUCGCAAGUUGGAGAACUGAUGCCUGCGAAAUCUUUAUAAAGGAAGUAAAAAAAGAUGAUGAAGCGAUCUGUAGCGCGAUUCGUAUUGUAGACGAGUUAUGCCAAAACAAUAUUAAUCAAACUGAGCCCACUAUGAUAAACGUUGUUUUGCCUUGGAGUCUGGAAAUGAUGAACAGCAAAUCUACAGAAAGAGUCAACGCGUCUCAAUACUGUUUACAGAAUAUAUUGAACAAAUAUAGCGGCAUGAAUAAUGAACCCAGUACAAAACCCGACGAGGCUUUGUGCGAAAAGCAUAAGAAAGAAAUUAAUACGAUUUUGUCGUGCUUGUUGAAUAGUACUGGGCCAAACGAUUAG